AUUGAUUGAUCGAUCGAUUGGUUGUUUUUUCUGCGCCAUUGAGUUCCUCUCUUGAAAGCUCUCGCUAGAUGAAUCGGCGACUGUAAACUCAGUGCGUGAGCGCCGUCUCGUCUUAUUGGAUGUCGUGAAUGAUUGGCUCCUCCCACGUGCCCUGCUGCCGCCACGGCACCGCCCCUCGUUAAUCUGAAGUGAAUUACACGCGAAUGAACGGACGGAUUUUAAAAUUCCAGAAGAUUGAGCCUGCCCCUUGACAUUGGCACUGCCCGGCGUUUUGUUAUUCCAGCCUCGAGCUCCUCAAAGGCUCGUCAUGAGUAAAACCAGGAGAGCACACCGCAGAAGUUAAAUAGCACAUAAAAAGAGAAAGUGCGCUUUCAAAACCGGCCGGGCUAAAAUAAAUGUGUAGACAAGCAGCUUCAUCCACUCGACCCCACCUGAGGGUCGCAGCGUCGUUUAGUUGGCUGCCGAGCCCCCCAGGUCCCGUGACCUCUCAUGACAGCUGCUCUGGACAUUUUCGAAACUAAAACCAAAUCGGCCUGAUCUCUGCUAGCCAUGAAAAUCGGGGGUCUGCUGCUCCUGAUUGCGCUGCUGUGCCGAGGGUCAGAGGCAAAACUCAGUGUGCGCUCAUCACAGCCAAACGCCAUCGCCCUGCGAGACUCCCAUGUUGUGCUCCCCUGCAGCUUCUUAGUCACACCAGGGUCCAUUGACCUCAGACGCCUGACUGUCUCCUGGUAUCAAUAUGGGUUCUUGGUCGCCAAGUUUGGGAAUGGAGAGGUCACGUCGAGACAGGAUGCCAGUCUGUUUGAACCAAACCUCUCACAAGGAAACGCCUCGCUGCUCCUGAAAUCCAUCGUGAAGCGGGAUGAGGGGCAGUACGAGUGUGAAGUCACACAUGCAGGGGAGAAAGGGUCAGCCAGCUUGGCUCUGACCAUCCAAGGUAAGUGA